AUGGCGAAACCUAGAGUAAAGAAGAGAACCCAUGUGGGCGCCAAUCAGCCCAAGAGCGCCAACGCCGUGGCCGCCCAUGCCACCGUCCGCGAUCCCAAGAGCAUGGUGAUUCGGAUCGGGGCCGGCGAAGUUGGUUCUAGCAUCAGUCAAUUGGCCGCCGACGUUCGCCAUGUCAUGGAACCCGGAACGGCGAGUCGGUUGAAGGAACGAAAGGCCAAUAGGUUAAGGGACUACGUUACCAUGAGCGGUCCCUUGGGCAUCACACACCUUCUUCUGUUCUCCCGGUCAGAGCGAGGCAACGUCAAUCUCAGAGUAGCGUUGUCGCCCAAGGGCCCUACCCUCAACUUUAGGGUGGAAAAGUACUCCCUCGCAAAGGAUAUCCAAAAGACGCAACGGCGGCCCGUGGCGUUGGAAAAGAGUUUACGACCCCCUCUGCUUGUGAUGAACAAUUUCACCUCACCCGGCGCCGAUUCCGCGUCCAAGGUACCGAAGCACCUCGAAUCUCUCAUCACCACCGUUUUCCAGGAACCAGACAAGGAUGGAGAGGAGGGCUCGUUUAUACUCAACUUUCGCCAUUUCGCCAUCACAACCAAGACUACCGGCCUUUCGCGGCCGCUCCGGCGAUUGAACGCCGCCGAGAAGCUGGUAUCAUCGAAGCCGGGGAGGAAGGGCGGAGUGCCCAAUUUGGGCAAGCUGGAAGACAUCGCCGACUUUAUGAUUGGCGGCGAGAAUGGCGAGGGCUACAUGACAGACUACACGAGCGGUAGCGAGGUCGACACCGACGCCGAAGUCGAGGUGGUGGAAGAGGGGCCGCGCAAACUGUCUCGCAAGGCUGCUGCGGAGGGCGCCGAACCAACCGAAGAGGAAGAGAAGGUCGAGAAGCGCGCGGUCAAGCUAGUCGAGCUGGGACCCCGCAUGAAGCUGCGGUUAACAAAGGUUGAGGAUGGCAUCGCGGCAGGCAAGGGGAAGAACGGCAAGGAGGAGGACGAUGACAUGAAGGAUUACGGUGACGACUUGGAGCCGGAGGACUUUUACAAUAGCAGCGAUGACGAGUACAAGGGUAGCGACGGUGAAGAUGCGAUGGAGGAGGACGAAAAUGACGAGUAA